ACCAGAGGUCGUGUGUGCGCGGCAUCGCCGACCGAAGCCGACCGUUGCCGACAGUGGACUUGGCUAUUCGGUCGGCGACUACCUACCGGCGGCUGCGACGACGACGGCGGCGCGCGCUGUCCCCGUAGUUUAGUUUGCAUUUAUUCGGACGCGGUUACAUGCGCUCACAGUCCACUCGACGCUGCUGGUCAUUCCGGCACUCGCGGCCAUCGUAAACGAACACGCGUCGCUUGCUCGUUGCAGUCUCGUCUUGUGUCUUAUGUGUGAAUGUGUACAAUACGCCUGUGAGACCUAUCGAGGCCUUUGCAAAAUAAUAACCCACAUUUUUACUCGAGUACUGUUCUCAAUCUGGAUCAUGUAAAAGAACUGUCCUAGUUUAACGCUAGUUUUUUUUUUUUUUAAUUACAUUUUUAACCGAAUUUAAUUUGAUCGUUAUAAAUAUUUUUUGUCGUCGGUUUAUUCAUGUGAAAUCAUUUUUACUGCCAUUGGAAAAAAAUAUUGUCGCAUGUUAUAACUGAAAAACUUUUGCGAUGAUCGUCGAAUUUCGGAUUCGAGCGAAACUUCCGAAAUCCGGACUAUGGUAAACCGAAAAAAGUUGAACUUGACAUUUUAACUCUGUACUUUUGAAUCCAAUACACGUGGUGCAAUCUCCGACACUACGUCCAACAUGAGGAUAAAAAUGCCCGCAGUUCGGAUCGCACAAGCGGAUACGGACAUGGCACAAACGGUCGGCGGAACCGAACAAGACCUGCUGACCUGCGGUCAAUGUCAGAAAACGUUUCUGUUGUCCGACAUAUGCCGAUUCGUUCAGCACAAAGUUGCUGGGUGCGGUAACAAGGAAGCUCUGCUAGCUGCUGUAGACCGCAGUAGCAGCGGCGAAGACAACAACGGUCUGGUCGACAACGGAGUUCAGUCCAAACGGCCGUCUGUCAACAGCAACAAGAAAAUACAACCACAAUCGCCUCCUCUUCCCGGCGACGAUCAUCACCCACAAGAUCGUUCGACUCCCAAGCGGACGUCCACGCCGUCCAAUGGUGACUGUGGAUCCAAUAACGAGCACGACGAUGAGAAGACUUCGAGGAGAUCCAAACAAGAGUCCGAAUGUUCCGACGACAUGGCGUUUAAGAAGUCUAAUCGGUCGGGCUCAUCGUGUGCCGACGCCGAAUCCAAUACGACUAAUUCCGAACCCAGCAGUUUUGUAUGUUGCACGUGCAAGGCGAGGUACAACUCAGCGUGGAAAUUAUUACAGCACGCCCAGACUUCACAUUCUUUCAAGAUCUACACUGAUGGAACGCCAUCACCUGUAUCGCAAUCGAAAAACAAUUCCUCUUGCUCAUCUCUAGGCACAUCCGGUAGUUCGAGCAAUGCAUCGCUACCAGGUAUGUCUGCUCUACCGAUGGCUUUGAGCAUGCCAUCAAGGCUUAAUUUGCAACCACCACCAGUACCUACCAGUAGUUCUGGAGCUCCACCGUUAAUUGACCCCAUGCCCAUGCCACUGCACAACCCUUUUGGUGUUGGAGGCUUGCUUAGGAUGCCGAUGGGCGAGCCUCCUCAGCGUCCGUCCCCGUUUCCUGGGACUUCAUCCAUCGGCAAUCCACCAUUGUUCGGUCGGACAUCUAGUCACCAAGAUCAUCAGUUUCGCAUGGAACAGCUCAUGUCCGAGCAGUUUCGUUUAAAUCAACAGCAGCAUGGGUUGGGGUUUGCCGUGGCAGUGGCUGCGGCUAACGCCAUGCCUACGUCGCCAUUUCCAGGACUCGGCAAUGACCGAAAUAAUCCUCGUUUACCGGCACCAACGUUACCGGCCUUAAGUCUCGAUCCCCAGAUGGAUUUUUACUCGCAGCGAUUGCGGCAACUCGCAGGUACCACUAGUCCGGGAGCUGCUACUGCACACAGUUCGUCUCCUUCGCCGCGAAAAAUGACACCACCUUUUAGCAGCCCCAACUCAUCAACUACCGCAUUGGCACAACCAAAUGUCACAGCUGGUUUGAAUAACAAUAAUAACAACAACAGUAAUGUUAGUAACAACAACUCGAUUGAAUCAACGGCAGAAAAUGAUCGGUCCGGAGAUGCAUCUAGAAACACACUGGAUUUGUCUAAUACCAAUAAAGAAAAACCAGCUGAGAUCAGUCAACAGCAAAUCGUAUCUGAAGAAAAAACUAGAGAAUGCGAAUAUUGCGGUAAAAAGUUCCGUUUUCAAAGUAAUUUGAUUGUACAUAGACGUACACAUACUGGUGAAAAGCCGUAUAAAUGUUCAGUGUGUGAUCACGCAUGUACACAAAGUUCUAAAAUGAAGCGACACAUGAAAACUCACCGCCGGUCGAACCGGGGAAACGGGCUGGCCGGUGGCGAGCGUGGGACUGCCAAUGGGGUGGAUACGAGCUCGACACCGGACCAAACAUCCAACGAUGAUGAUGAGGAAGAGGAAGAUGAUUCUGAACUGGAUGAUGACGAAGUCGAAGAGGAGGAGGAGGAGGAAGAUGAAGAUGAGGAGGAGGAUGACGAAGAAGGUGACGAUGACGAUGAACAUAUGGAACUCGAAGAUGAAGAUAAUGAUGAAAACGAAGGUGGUGAUGUUCCCGAAGACUUGACCACCAAGUCAACUUCGUCAGCUGAACACGAAAAGAAGCCCAAUCAAUCUAACAAUAAUUCGCCCGAAAAUCAUCCUGGUGACAAAGGAAUACCACCCAACUCACUUGUUGGAGAACUUAUGAGCAAGUUUGGCUUGAGUAACAUUCAACAAUAUAGCGAAGCUUACAAACAAGCACUUAAGGAAUCUGUCAUUCCCCCUCAAUUUCGUAUACGCCGAAAAGAUAAUUUCCGUUUAUCACCUAUUAUAACUGACAAUAACAAUGGCUCUGUUAAAUCAGCCAAUCCGUUGAGAAAUCUAGAAAAUGGCUUAAGUGAUAAAACAGUAGCAGACCUCAGGUUCCGUGAAGAGUUCACAAAGAACUUGAUCGCAGCCGGUCAAAAUCCUCUUGAUCUGCUUGGAGCUCACCCAAACAUUUUUGGUCCAGGAUCAGCUUUUGAGAACCCAUUUGAUCCUGUGGCGAAACGUAUGAAACUAGAUCCAGAAAACCCACAUCAUCCACUUUUAAAUAGAGACCGUUUGUUUACGGCUGGCAUGUCUUGGUUACCAGCUUUAGCAGCACACCAUCGUGGUGACUCUUUCUUAGGCGUUCCCGGUGUUGGUGAUCGAAACAAAUCAUCAUCAGAACCUGGUAGUGGAGGUGGAAGUGGACGGAUUAAACCAGGACCUAGUUCAUUAACGGCAGCUCUGAAUAUGGGUUUGCAGUCGCAUAUGAAGAAAGAAUCACGACGAAACGACACUUGUGAGUAUUGUGGCAAAGUAUUUAAAAACUGCAGCAACUUAACUGUUCACAGACGGUCACACACUGGUGAAAAACCUUAUAAAUGUGAGCUUUGCUCCUACGCGUGUGCCCAGAGUUCUAAGCUAACAAGACAUAUGAAAACACACGGUCGGCUAGGUAAAGACGUGUACCGAUGCAGAUUUUGUGAAAUGCCUUUCUCUGUGCCGUCCACUCUAGAAAAACACAUGAGAAAGUGCGUGGUUAACCAAAACAUUAAACUUGAAGGUGGCCAAUACAUGAAAAUGGACGACGGUUCCAAACUAGACCCAGGAAUGAAGUUAGACAGUAGUUACAUGAUACAGUCAAUGAUGGACGACGAAUCAUAUAGCAGUUCCGUAUCCAAAGAUAAUACAUGACUUUUUCCAUGGAGGGGAUUCAAUCCCCUCCCUGUUCAGAGUACAUAUUAAGUGUGUAUUUAACAUAGAAAAUAUGCAUGUGUGUGUGUGUAUUAUCAAUUAUAUACAUUACAACACCUAGAUCUCGAAAUUACAUAUUUAAUACUUUAAUACUAUUUUUAAUCAAGCAGUUUUAUGUUUAGUUACCGUACUUCUUUUCUACUACCCAGAUACUUUUCUAUAGUCUUAUUAAAAAUUAUCGUUGUCACUCCCCGUUAAGCUCUGGUGUAAAUACAGUUUUUUCGUCUUCUUUUAUCUGUUUAUAAGAUGUAAUGUUCUAUAUUUUUUUGAUGCUCAAUUCUCUCUAUUCAAUGAUAAUAACAGUACCAUUCCAUAAGUAAAUUUUACGAGUGAUCUCUAUUGAGCAUUCGAUACACUAUUUAUAUGUUUUUGAUUCUUAGAAAUCUUUUAUACUAAUUUUAUUUUUAAAAGUAAAACAAAUGUCAUUCCCGAGUGAACGACUCAACCGAAUUCCAUAUCCUUAAGUAUUUUCGUGUUAAAAUAUUCUGAUUCCUCCCAACUAAAAUAUGUAAUACUAUCAAUUGAGUAAUUAGUAUAAGCGCAAAGAAAAAAUAAAGACAUUCCCUAAGCCACUGUAAAUACUAUCAUCAUUUGUGUUGUAAAUAAUCAACUGAAAUAUAUAUUUAAAUGAUGGUAAAGUAAAUAAGUACAAAACAAUUAUUAAAUUUAAACACUUAUUUAGCAACAUAAAUGAAUAUUAAUUUCAAUAUGUUUUGGUUUUUUCCCAAAUGAUUAUUUCUAUUUUUUUAAUUGUUAUCAUUUUUGUUUUUUGUUCUGUUGAAAAUGUUUUUCGAACUAAAAAGCGGUGUUGUAAAUUCGGUUUACGUUUGACUAGUCUGUUAUUUAUUAUUUUAUAUAAUUACUAUUAUUAUUAUUUCAUUAGAUUUAGAAAAAUUGACCCAAAUCAAUUAUAAAGACCCACAUGCCCAAACGAAAUGAAAUAUGUACUUUUAAUUUUUGAAAAUAAAUGCGGUUUACGCUCACUAUAUGUUCCUCAUUAUACUAUUAUUAUUAUUGUAGAAUUAUUCUUAUGUACGGAUUAGAUUGUAAAAUGGUGUAUUAUAUUAAGUAAGACCUAUGUAAUUUAUAGGAAAUACCUAAGAAAAUAUUGUAAGUUUUAAUAUAUUUAUUACUGACUGUG